UUUUCAGUAAAAAAAAAAACUUCAUCAUAUUCAGCACCACAUUCAGAAAAAAGCAUUCACACUAGCAUUAUUGCAGGUAAUGCAACUUUUCUAGUUAAUUUCUGUAAUCUUCACAGAAAAAAAUAAUACUAAAACAUUAAAAACAAACUAGAUAACUAGCAUUGCCUGUGGCAAUGCUAGUUAUGUGGCCGAAAGUGAUAGCUGAAAUCGCUGAAGCCAAUAGCUGAACAAAAGCUGAAGCUAAUAGCUAGCUAAGAUAAUAGCAAAACUCAAAAUUAGCCUAAAAAACAGAAAAAAACUAAAUAAGCCAAAACAGCUAGCAUGUUGCUGAGUCUGUAGCCUUUUCUUUCUUAGAUUGUUUGGGGAUUUUUGUCAUGUUGUACCAUCGGUUCUUUUGUGAUCUUAACAAAUUCCAGCUGUAAAUCAAUAUUUAAGCUAGUAGUUUGAAAUUUGUCACUGAAAUUCCCUAUAGUGACAUCCGUGUAAUAGCGAAAACAUCAGAAAUGUGCUCUGUAAUUGGUCUACGGUAUUUAUUUUUAGCUGUUUUAUAGGUAUUUCAACAAAAAGCAUGUGUUAGCAAACAUGUGUAGCAUGUUGGGAGGCUCAGAAUCUUUUAUCAUUUCCUCUACGUAGAUACCAGUUCAUAACCUGGUUUAUGCCGAGGUUUAAUGCUUUAGAAGAAGCUUCAUUUUGAUGAAAGUAAAUAAAAAUCCUCGACGUGACCCCUUGACCUCUGAAGAGAACCUGACAGGUAAAUGAUGUUCUCCUGCAGACUGAGAGCAGGUCGAUUCUCUGCAGGAAGACGAGCUGAACGGGAGGUUAUUUUCAGGAAAUCAAACAGAGGAAGACUCCUGCAGGGCCUUCACAUCCGGAAAAAAACAACAAGCUGGGGCUUCAAUGAGUCCGCUUUUUUUUUUUUCUCUGUCUGUGUGAUUUCUGGCUCCAGAGGAGAACAAAUCAAUCCAGUUUAUUGAUUCAACUGGGCAGCUCUGAUGGAGCUGUUUCAGGCUGACACGCCGGGACGCUUCCUUAUCUGAAGUGUUUUCAUUUUAAAAACCCCCUCAGGAGGUAAAACAGCAGAAACUCCAGUUUCUGUGCAUGAAUUUAGUCCAGCUCAGGAGAAACCGCCGUGACCAGCUCAUCCUGGACUCCCCAAACCUGCAGCUCCUCAUCUACACAUCCUUCAGGUUGCAGAGGAGCAACAUGGAUCUCUCAGAUGCUCUAGAUGUGCCGCCUAACAGCCAAACCAAAGCAGGAGCUCCUGGAUCCACCAAUCCAGUAUGGCCAGGAGGACAACAAGCUCCUAAUCCCACUUGGCCGGGACAACCAGCUCCAACCUGGCCGGGACAACAAGCUCCUACCUGGCCGGGACAACCAGGUCCUAACCCCACCUGGCCAGGACAACCACGUCCUAACCCCACCUGGCCAGGAGGCCAGGCUGGGGGGGGCGGCAUGUGGACUGGUGGACCCGGAGGAUGGCAAAAUCCUUCAGUUGGGCCCGGACCUGGGCCCGGACCUGGCCCUGGACCGACCAUCCCAACUGCUCCACAACAGAGUGUGGCUGUUCCAUUCAACAGCAAACUACCAAACGGAGUUUACGAUAAGCUGCUGAUUACCAUCGUUGGAACCGUCAAACCCAACGCAGAACGGUUCACAGUGGAACUGGCAGCAAAAAGCGACUUGGCCUUCCACUUCAACCCUCGCUUUAACGAACGUGGCAAGAAGGUGAUUGUGAGGAACAGCCUCAUCAGCAAGAAGUGGGGCAAAGAGGAGAGAGAUCUGGAGCACUUCCCCUUCGUCCAGGGUCAGCCGUUUGAGAUGAAGAUCCUGUGCACCAACACAGAGUUUAAAGUGGCCGUUAACAAGUCUCACCUGCUCGAGUUCAAACACCGGCUCACCAACCUGAGGUCCAUCGAUACCCUCAGCAUCUUCUUUGACGUCACUUUGUCCAGCGUCAACAUGGAGACCAUGCACUGAUACAGACUACUGAUCAACUAGAGAGUUCAAGACCAUCUGAAAAAUCUUGUAAUAAAUCAGUUUAAAAAAAAACGAAGGUCAGGAAGAGAUGUACCCACAAUUCCGAGAUCUGAAAAUUGAGACAUUCUUCAGAAACUGACACAAUCUAUUACAUCUCCACUGAAGAUCGCACUAAGAACUAUCAUCGGAGAUCCACAUUUUAUUCUUGUUUGGUUUGUUUUUUUAUCCUUUAACACAACUGUGCUCAGAGGAGAAAUGAAGAUGGUCAAUAAAUUGAUUAGAUGAU